CUGCUGAUCGUGUUAGAUUUUGUUGGAAUUAACUGUAACAAACUAGCAUGGGUGUUGCUCUGUUCGCGACGGUGCUGCUGCUGCUUGCUCCACUGGCGGCAACGUCGGCGUACGAGAGCGAGACCAAAACCAAGACCGACGAGCAGCUGCUGGAACGGUUCAAGGCGGCGGUGCGGAACAAGAGGGAGCUCGGGGGUUGGACCCGCGGCGAUAGCGCGUGCCAGUUCCCCGGCGCGGGGUGCGUCGGGAGCAGCCUCUCCUCCCUGUCCCUAGCCGGUAUCCCGCUCGACGUCGACUUCCGCGCCGUCGCCGGCACGCUGCUGCGGCUGGGCAGCGUCCAGACGGUCAGCCUGCGAGGCGCCAACGUUACCGGCUCGCUCGCGGAUGCCUCCAGCGGACGGUGGAGGUGCGGCCACACGCUGGCCCAGCUCGACCUGUCCGGGAACGGCGCUCUGCGCGGACACGUCGCCGAUGCCGCCGUGCUCGCGGGCGCGUGCCGCGGGCUGAGGGAGCUGAACCUUUCUGGCAACGCCCUCGUCGGUGAGGGCAGGAAGGGAGAUGGAGGAGCCGCGGGCUUCGCCGGUUUGGAUGUCCUUGACCUCUCGUACAAUAUGAUUGCCGGCGACCUUGGCUGGAUUGCCAGCGCGGUGGGUAUCCGGCAACUGGGCCUCGCAGCGAACAAGAUCUCCGGGUCAAUCCCGUCGCUCUCCAACUGUUCCAGAAUGGAGUCGCUUGAUCUGUCCGGCAACGACAUAUCCGGCGAGCUUGCGCCCGGUGUCCUCUCCGGCUGCAGCUCUCUAGUUUCGCUCGACCUCUCCGAAAACCACUUGACGGGCGCUUGCCCGCCGGACAUCCUGGGACUCGCGUCGCUUUCCUACCUCAACCUGUCGUUCAACAACUUCUCCGGCGCUCUCCCAGCCGGCGACGCGCUCGCUGCUGGGCUCCCGCGUCUCGCGACGCUCUCUCUAUCGUUCAACUACUUUGACGGCUCCAUGCCAGACUCCAUCGGCGCGCUUGCCGAGCUCACGACGCUGGACCUCAGCUCAAACGCGCUCACUGGCGUUAUACCGCCGUCGCUCUGCCCGAGCACCGGCACCUCCAAGCUCGAGGUGCUCUACCUGCAGAACAACUACCUCACAGGAGGCAUCCCGCCGGCCAUCUCCAACUGCGCAAACCUCCAGUCUCUCGACCUCGCCCUGAACUACAUCAACGGCUCCAUCCCCACAUCCCUCGGCGACCUACGCCUUCUCUGGGACCUCAUACUGUGGGAGAACGAACUGGAGGGCGAGAUCCCGGCAUCACUGGCCGGUGCUCGCGGGCUCCAGAACCUCAUCCUUGAUUACAACGGCCUCACAGGCGGCAUCCCGCCGGAGCUGGUGAAUUGCCAGGAUCUGAUCUGGUUAUCCCUCGGUAGCAACAAGCUCUCCGGACCGGUGCCGGCAUGGCUCGGGCGGCUAGACAACCUCGUGAAUUUGAAGCUGAACAACAACUCCUUCUCGGGCCCGAUACCGCGCGAGCUAGGAGAUUGCCAACGAUUGGUUCACCUGGACCUCAACGACAACCAGCUGAAUGGACCGAUACCGACGGAGCUGGCGAGGCGGUCUGGGAAGAUACCCAUGGUCCUCGACACUGGGCGGACGUCCACAUACUUGCGCAACCAAGAGCCGCGGAGCGGCGAAUGUCGCGGCAAGGGGAACCUGCUCCAGACCAACGGCGUCCGUUCCGACGAUCUGAACCGGAUGGCCAGCAAGAAGCUAUGCAACUUCACAGUGUACUACUUCACCGUGCUGUACUACCUUAGCAGCCGAGACUUCGCUUUCACUCCAAAUAUCUCCAUGGUAUACCUGGACCUGUCCUUCAACCAGCUCGAUUCCGAGAUCCCCAAGGAGCUUGGGAACAUGAACUACCUCAUUGUCUUGAAUCUUGGGAACAAUUUGCUCUCCGGUGCCAUCCCUGAUGAGCUUGGAGACGCGCAGAAACUGCUUGGGCUUGACCUGUCACACAACCAGUUGGAAGGCCCGAUUCCCGGAUCAUUCUCCACGCUGGCAUUGGAGGAUAUUGACUUGUCAUACAAUAAGCUCAAUGGAUCAGUACCGGUCCUAGGACCUCUUGUCACUUUUCCAGAGAGCCAGUAUGUGAACAACUCUGGGUUGUGUGGUAUCCCUCUGCCUCCGUGCCAACCAAUUUCGCCUCUUCAAGGCGGGUACCAUUCUGGCUAUAAUUACCACCACUUGAAGAUGACAAUACUAUUGGCAGGUACCACUGUAGCUCUUGGUGUUAUUGUUUUUUGCUUAUACCUAGGGAUCGUGAAUAAAACUGAGAAAGGUGAGGUCAGAGCUUCGGUUGAUGAUCCGACAGACCCAGCAGGCAAUCAAUUCAUUUCUCAUCUCGAGCUUGUUCGCGCCACCGAUAAUUUUAAUGAAGACUACAAGCUCGGAUCAGGAGGAUUUGGAGAAGUUUUCAAGGGCCAACUGAGCAGCGGCUUGGUGGUUGCAGUGAAGGUUCUUGACAUGCGAUUCAAGCACACCACUAGAAGCUUCGACGCUGAGUGCCGUGUGCUCCGCAUGGCGCGGCACCGUAACCUGAUACAGAUAAUCAGCACAUGUUCUAACAUGGACUUCAGAGCACUGGUGUUACGGUACAUGCCAAAUAGCAGCUUAGACACGCUACUGCACCACUCCCAAUUGAUAGAAAGACAAUUUGGGCUCGGCGAAAGGCUGGGUGUUAUGCUGGAUGUGUCAAUGGCAUUGGAGUAUCUGCACCAUGGAUGCCAUGAAGUUGUUUUGCAUUGCGACAUGAAGCCAAGCAAUGUCUUAUUUGAUGAGGACAUGAUCGCACAUGUGGCAGACUUUGGCAUUGCAAGGUUACUACAAGGUAAUGAUAGCUCAACAAUCGCCUCAAACAUGCCCGGUUCGAUUGGGUACAUGUCACCAGAGUAUGGAUCAUAUGGAAAAGCAUCACGAAAGAGUGACGUGUUCAGCUACGGGAUAAUGCUCCUUGAAGUUUUCACUGGAAGGAAGCCUGAAGAUGCUAUGUUUGUCGGAGACUUGACCCUUAGGCGAUGGGUUCAACAGUUAUUUCCUGCAGAGCUUAUCCAUGCCGUGGAUACCCGGCUACUGCACGGAUCCUCUUCAUGGUAUGAGCUGCACGAUAGCUUUCUGGUGCCGACAAUAGAAACUGGGUUGCUCUGCACAGAGGACUCGCCUAACGACAGGAUAAAGAUGAGUGAUGUGGUGCCGAGGCUAACCAAGAUCCAAAUGGAGUACACCAAAUGGGCAACAAGUCAUAAUGAUGUAUGAGGGAAAUCAUGCUAGUUUCACUAAGUUUACUCUGGGUUAAUUCCAGUAUUUGGACAUCUACUGGUACAAUGGGCCAGCUAGCAUCGUGGGUUUCUUUCACAUUAGCUCUAAUGUUCAAACCAUGUGUGUGGGAGACCACCAUGUAAUUCUAAUUUCUCCCUGGAUACGUUGCCUAUUGAGAUGUUCAGCGCGAGCUCCAGCUCGGCAUUCCUGUGCUUUUAUUAAUUCUCCCCAUGUACUGAGCAUAAGACCAGUGGAUUUUGUAGAGUGAAACAAGAGAAAAACCAUAACGGCAC